AUGGACGAGCAGGAGCUCCAGGACGACCUGCGCGUGUUCCCAGGCCGUUCCGUGCUCCCUCCGCCGCUCCGUUCCUUCCCGGCCGUGUACCUGGCCCUGGCUCUCAGCUCCCUGCUCCUGCUGCUCCUCAGCGCCCUGGCGCUCGCCAGAGUUUCCUCCAUUUCCUCCCAACUCCAGCAGGAGCUGCCGGGGUGGAAUUUUUCCGACCGGGAUUCCUUCCUGUUCCCGUGCGGGCCGGAUUCCCGGGAAUGGGAAUAUUUUGCCGGGAAUUGUUAUUAUUUCUCGCUGGCGCGGCUGAGCUGGGGGCGGGCGCGGGAGCGGUGCCGGGAGCGCCGGGCUCAGCUCGUGGUCAUCGGCAGCUUCCCCGGGCAGCAGUUCCUGAUGUCCCGGACUCGGAACGAGCGCUUCUGGAUCGGCCUCACGGACGAGAAUUCCGAGGGAAAAUGGGAAUGGGUGGACGGCAGCGACUACGGAUCGGCCUUCACAUUUUGGGGGGAUGGAGAACCCAACGACAGCGGGAGCAACGAGGGUUGCGCUCACCUCUGGCUCUCCGUGCGCUGCUCCUUCCAGGGUUUCUUCAUCUGCGAGCGCCCCCUCCCCCCCAAAUCCCAACAUUCCCAACAUUCCCAACGUUCCCACUGA